CCCGCAGCCAAUUCAAAACCACAUGCCACUUUCUGCACUCCCCCCACAAGCCACAGACAGCGUGAAGAGUGAGAGAGGAAGAGACAAGAGGGAGAAUCACCCAGAGAGGAAAAACGGCAGAACAGAGAAGGUUUUAAGCAUGCCAGCAUAUGCCACCAACAUGAGGCUCAAGUUCCCCAUUCUGGCCUUAAUACUGGAAGCCGUGACCAUUGUCCUGUACGCUCUCCUUGUGGUAUAUGACACCGGUAAAGCUCACAAAGAUGGGAGUCAUGAAGAAUCGAAUACAACUCAUUCAAGCAGCCCAAUGACCCUUUAUCCCAUGUUUCAGGAUGUACACGUGAUGAUCUUCAUUGGCUUCGGUUUCUUGAUGACCUUCCUAAAGAGAUAUGGCUUCAGCAGUGUGGGCAUCAACCUGCUGCUGGCUGCCUUUGGCUUGCAGUGGGGUCUUCUCCUCCAGAACAUCUGGCAUAUGCACGAUGGAAAAAUAAGUGUCAGCAUCUAUAGUAUGAUUAAUGCUGACUUCAGUACAGCAACUGUUCUGAUCUCAUUUGGAGCGGUUCUGGGGAAAACUAGCCCUGUCCAGCUUCUCAUCAUGACCCUGCUGGAGAUCACUACCUUCUGCAUCAAUGAGCAUUUGGUUGUGGAAGUCCUUAAGGUUUCUGAUGUUGGUGCCUCUAUGACUAUCCAUGCUUUUGGGGCUUACUUUGGAUUAGCUGUCGCUCGUGUUCUUUAUCGCCCUGGUCUUCGGAACGACCAUGAGAACAAUGGCUCAGUCUAUCACUCAGACUUGUUUGCAAUGAUCGGCACAGUCUACCUGUGGAUGUUCUGGCCCAGCUUUAAUUCUGCGAUUGCUGAACCUGGCGAUAAUCAGCUAAGAGCUGUUAUCAACACCUAUUUCUCUCUGGCUGCUUGUACUCUUGCUGCCUAUGCUACCUCAAGUCUGGUGGAGAAGAAGGGGAAACUUGACAUGGUUCACAUUCAGAACGCCACGCUGGCUGGAGGUGUCGCUGUGGGUACCUGCGCUGACAUGGACAUCCAGCCUUUUGGAGCAAUGUUGAUCGGAAUCACUGCAGGCGUUAUCUCCACUGUUGGAUUUAAGUUCCUUACUCCCAUACUCGCCUCUAAACUUGGAAUCCAAGACACCUGUGGUGUGCAUAACCUCCACGGCAUGCCAGGCAUCCUAGGAGGCCUCGCCAGUAUUGUGGCGGCAGCACUAGGAAAGAAACACGAUGUUUCACCAGGUACACAGGCAUGUGGUUUGGCAUCAUCUCUUGGGUUUGCUUUGGUGGGAGGGUUGAUCACAGGCCUGAUUAUGAAGAUUCCGUUCUUGGGGCAGCCACCUGAUCAAAACUGCUUCGAUGACUCAGUCUUCUGGGAGGUGCCUGAGGAAGAAGAGGAAAACGAAGAGCGCUUGACUCAUGGUGAUUAUGCCAAGACCAAAGAAGAGGCUUGAAGCUCUGCACAGAACCAGCUCACUUCACCAAUCAAGAGACCCAGUCCAAUAAGCAACUCAGGGGCUUUUUAACGUCAGCAUCUACUGCAUUCUCUAAAAUCCUCAACAGUGAACUCACCAUAAGUACUAAGUGAUGUCAAUUUAUUAUUUUAUUUUAUUUUUGUAAUGGGUGCCUUUUUUUCUAAAUACAUGCAGCUAAAUUAAGAAAUAAAAACACCUGCAACUCAUAUUAUGAAACUGAGAAGUGGCAUCUCAACCCUUUUACAAUUUGCCAUUAUGAAAUUAAAUGUAAGAAGGUCAAAAAUUAUUACCAGAACGUCACUAAGCUAACUCAGAGUGGUCAGUUUUUGUUGUCGUCUGUUGAACUGCACAUAACUGAGUAAUUGCUCACUGAAAUGUACCAAACAUAUGAGCCAAUGCAAGACAUUUUGCUUAAGUGUCUGUUAUCAAAGUAGCUCAUUUUACCUCGAAUAAGCUUUUUUUUUUUGUACAGACCCAACUUUUAUCAGCAUUAGAGAUUUUGACCUCUGUUUUUGUAAUUUUUUUUUUUUUACGGUCAUACAUACUAGUACACAUCCAAAGAGAGAUCCUUCUUCAACUUUCUUGCAACAAGUUGCUUAUUAUUGUGAUCAGUAACAACCCUUUAUGCAAUGAUAUAUGAAGUAUUUUAAGCUAUUGUAUCCUAAAGAACUAACAAAUAUAUUGUUGACUUUUAUAUUUUCACACAAUUUCUAAUACUUUAAUAUGAACUCAGGCAAAUACAGUGGCCCCAAAAAGUCACAUUUAAAAUUUGAUAUCAAGUAUCAAAUUAUAUAUAUUUUAGUAUGCAUUUCAAAGAAAGAUAAUAACUAAGUCCAAUUUUCCGGUUUGUUAUGAUAACAUUAGUGGAACAUGUUUAUGGUUAAUGUGAUUAUCUUCAGCUGUUGAAGGACACCUGAGUGAACUUCAGAAGCAUUGAAGAACUUCCACUAAUGGAUCCAGGGACCACCUGAUUAGAAGCAAUGACAUAAAUGACUAAGAAAUUAAAGGAAUUCUGAGGAAACACUCUUUCAUCAUUUGUUUGUCAGUGUAGUGCCCAAAAAAAGUGUCCAAAUAAUUUUGGGGCCACUGUACAUUUCCAUCUUUGAAACGUCAUCUUUUAGUCAGGAUUAUUGUAAACCUGAUCUCAUACAGUAAGCCUUAAAUAAAAGCUCAUUUACUACAGUACUUGAACAUUCAGCUCAUAUUACAAAUAAGCAGACGUGAUCAGACUGUCACAUCUUGUACUUUGUAAGACUAAUAAAUGCCAUGUUUUUAAUGCUAAAGAGGAUAUCAUCCUUGCAGACAAGACAGUCUUACUGCAAGCUGACUUACUGAUUCAACUUUAGUGUAAAAUGAUGUAUGUGCUCCCAUAUGCCUCACCUCAUCACUUAAUUGUAUUUGAAAAGUAUGUGAAUGUAAUAAAAUUUUACUGUCAUUCAUAAAA